AUGUCCUCAAUCAUCCGACCCGAAGAUGAACCACAGAUUCAGCCUCGAAAUCCCUUUGCCCGACCAGGCCCCAUUCCGGACAUCAGACUUGCCGGUUUAUAUGUCGAACGAGCACCAUCUCUGGUGGCAAGGGCCGAUAGCUCCUCGACUGAUAACAGUCACUCUGGUGGAUCGAGCAACACGGUGCCAAUCGUCGUAGGGGUCGUUGUCCCCUUGGGAAUCGCGUUGAUUGUCUUGAUAUUCUUGCAUCGCCGUCAUGUGAAGAAGUUGCGAAGAGAGGAUGCAGAGGAUAAGCACAAGGCGCUUGAUUUUGGUUUGGAUGAAGCACAGCAAAAGCCGGGCAAGAAGACACGUCGAAAGGCUCCGGAAAUGUCUAUGGCCGAGACCAAGGAAGUCGGUCGCCGCGGACGAGGGCUGUCCCUGGAUUUGGGUCCUCAUAAUCCAUACCUUUUGCCGCCCGAGGUUCACCAAUCUCGAGAGUCAUUACAUUCCCUGUCCCGUUCAAUGAACACCGGUGACGACAAGUAUCGGACGACGACGUUUAUCCCUGACGAUGGGUCUAUACGACCGCCUUCAAGUUUGAGAAGCCACUUUGACGAUUCUUCCAGCUACACUGGAUCGUCAGGCGGCAGGUUUCCACUUGACUCCAAGCAGAAUUUGUUGCGCAAUGCACAAGAGAACCCGAGGGGACCGCCUUCGCGUCAUGUGUCAACAAGCUCGGUCCGGACAGGAGCCGACCCUAUAUACAGCGGCAAUAGAACGUUGGCACAGGCCAGUAACAACAAUUUGCUCGCUCCAGUGUCAACAGACCCCGUCCGUGAGUCUUACUUGAGCACAGCCAGCAGCAACGGAGCCAUUAAUGCGUUGAGGGCGAGCAAUAACUAUCUGGCACAAUUCAUUAGCGGGGGCAAGAAAGCUGAGCCCGAAAAGAAAGAGCCGGUUGCCAUGGUCACAGAAAUCAGAGUCGAACCGCCGGCGGAGGAUUUGCAGGUCCCUCCGCCUGCGGUUGUGAAAGAUGCUGCUGUUGCGGCUCAUGUCAUUUCCACCAAUGUGGAUAAGUCUGCACCCAGCAUAACUUUGAAUGUCCAGGACACUCGUCAGCCGAGGUUACCACAACUUAGCCUCAUUGACUCUGAGGGCAACAAGCAGCACUCUGUCCAGCCCAGCGAGGUUGUCGAAACAGUCUCCGUGACCUCCCACAGCACGCCACAACAUUCUAACACCCCUUCGACAGACCUGGCCCAUCCAGCAGAGACUAGCCAGACCCAAUUCGUCAAAUCGAAUGAGCAGGACUCUGCCGACAAUGUUGACUACUACGAUGAAUACGAAGCUUAUGCAUCUCAAGAUCACCCAGAGUCCGAAUAUGAAGACUAUCAGUACUACCAAAACUAUGUUGACCACGACGAGCGCCGACUUACCAUGGGAGUGCGACCCUUGCCUCCAGACGAUCCAUCGGAUAACCCGGAGCAGAGGGCCAACCGCAUCAGAUCCUUCUACAAGGAGUAUUUUGAUGAGACAAAGCCACAACCCUCUGCUCAAAACAGCCGGUACCACGAUGGUGCCGAGAACUACUAUGGACCACAUGGCGUACAAGGCCAUCACCACCAGGGCGGAUUCUACGCUCCCCCCCGAAAACCAUUCUCUGGAAGACAUCGUGCGAUGUCGAAUGGAAGUUUUAUGCCAGGGCCUAGGGCGUUUUCCUCCGCUUCGAGCAGAUACACCGGGCAUCAUCCGCACUUGACACCGAAGAAGAAGUUGCCACCGCCCAAACCACUCAACAUCCUACCCACACCUCACUUGCUCGAUGGAGACUCGUUCUUGCCCAUUGAUUUUGCCCCGCCCCAGAGGUUCCAAAAGCAGCGGGCCGGUACGCCUGAUAGCCCUCGAGGCGGUGUCAGACCGUACUCUCCGGUGACUCCAGCUCAUCUAGCGCUGGCAUCCUCGUUUGAUGAUCUGGCGGUCAUACCAAGCCCUCAUGCCUUGAGGAAGUCGGCAACCUUCACAGCCCUCGAUUUUGCGCCACCCCGUCUACGGGGAGUGGACACAAUGAGUGAGACUGGCAGUAUUCGGAGCAAUGGAUCGGGCAUGUCGGCCGUGCAUUUGCAUAGCAUUCGUGCUGGAGCCUACCGAGUCAGCCGUAUUCCUAAGGAGGUUGCGGGGACCAAAGAUGAGCUUGCAGAAGCGCUGAAGCCGCAGUGGGGUCUGAAUCGGGUCUGA